AUGGCGGAAAGGGGAAAUAAUUGGUGCGGAGCUUUCGGACGGGUUUAUAUGGGGAUGAAUUUAGAUUCAGGGGAGCUGCUGGUGGUUAAACAGGUUUCUGUUGUUGUAAAUAUGGCUUCGAAAGACAAAACACAGAAUUUCUCUCAUAGAAGACUUUCUUGCAUAGAUGGGAUAUACAAUUUCUCUCAUAGAACACUUUCUUGCAUAGAUGGGAAAAUAUACCGCAGAGAUAUAGUUGAAAACGCGUAUGACGCGGGUGUGAUGGGGGUGUUAAUAUACUCCGAUCGGAAGGAUUACGUUGGGGGCGGGGGCGGUACGAAGUGGUUUCCGGAUGACACGUGGUUGCCGCCGAGUGGUGUUCAGGUCGGGUCGGUGCUUAAUGGGGCAGGUGACCCGACAACACCGGGCUGGCCGAGUAGUAUGGAAGGGUGUGAGAGGUUGUCUGAGGAUGAGGUGGAACGGGCCGGUGACGUCCCGUUGAUUCCGUCGUUGCCGAUCUCCGGUGCCGACGGUGAGGAGAUUCUGAGGUGGAUUUGUGGGGAUCGGGGGGGUCCAGGGGUUGCAGAAUUCAGUUAUAAGGCAAAACAAGUCAUAAGCACAAUACAAAAUGUCAUUGGAAUAAUUGAAGGAACAGAAGAACCUGACAGAUUCGUUAUCUUAGGUAAUCACCGGGAUGCUUGGACAUUUGGAGCUGUUGAUCCCAACAGCGGCACUGCUGCCCUGCUUGAGGCUCACAUCCGCGAGUUGGAAGAAGAGGUGAAGAUACAUUUUGGAUUCAGAUGUGGAAAAACAAACCUUUGGACAAAAGUUGCAAAACUGGCCAAACCUCUCCUCAGGGACGUAAAUGUCAUUGUACUCUUUCUUUUAUUUGUAUUUGACAAUGUUUAAAAAUUUGGUAUGUGGUGGUUUUGUGUAUUUAUUCGCUAAUAUAAAUAGUACAAACACAUACAUAUGCUCUUUA